AUGAGAAAUCAUCUCAUGGCAGAAGUAGGCCCAGUGGAUGAGUGUUACACAAAGGAGUCAGAGUCAGUGGUCGGGAGGGGCUGUCAGAGCAGUGCAGCUACGGAGGCAGUUGGAACAGGAGCCGGAGGAAGAAGUUCUGAUGACGUGGUGGAUGACUAUGCGUAUGGGUUUUACCCAUGGGCCAGUGGCCGCCUACCACGUGGCGGACGCGGGUCCUCCUGGUUUAGUGGUCGCCGGCGGGAGCAGGCUGCCGGAGUCACCGAAGGCGGCCGAAGGUGUGAGCUGAGCGGGCUGGUAGUGGGAGCUGAGCGGGCCAACAGGGGGAGCAAGGCGGCUAGCGAAGUUCCUAUGCGGCCGGUGGGACGUUCUGCGGCGGCUGGCAGUGGUCUGGGCAACCGGCGGGACAUUCUGCGAGGCGGCGUGCGGAACAAGGCGGCGACAAGUCUGGGCAGCGGCACGGCAAGAGGACGGGAUGGGAGGACAGGACGGCCGGUGCUGAUAGCGGCAGGUCCGGACCUGCAACACGUGCGACACGCAGCGGGCGUGGAUUCGUCGGGUCCUGUUGAUGGGGCUGGCAGUCUACAUGGCAGAGGAGGUGGCGGUAGUGGAGGGCUCGCCGGAGGGCCGGCGAUGGCAGGUGGGCCGCUGGUGGCGGCGGCCGGUGGGGCGGCGCGGAGGAGCGUCGACGGUAUGCUGUGGAGGCGAUGGGAGGUUCCUCCGAGGGCAGCGCAGCUGUAG